ACAUUUUACGAACAGUGGGCCGACUCAGUAAAAUGAAUUGUACACGCAUCUCGCAUACAGGGGAGGCCACCCUUACAUGACGUUGGCUCUUGAUAGGACGUGAAACAAUACUUAACCAAACCGAACGGUAAAAUGCAGAGUGUUAAGAAGGAACACGGGGCAACUACCAUUUUUAAAGAUUCUUGUAUGUGUCGGCCAGGGGACAACAGAACCCAAAGCCUUCCUUACAUAAAAGGUAUCCAUCGAUUAAAAGACAUACGAGUAUCGUGGUCAGCUGUUCUGGGGUCCUGUGUGUCUUACUGUCAUCAUAAUGUGGACAAAAGCAAUGCGACCAACUCGUUGGGGUAUACAUGUACUGCUUCUUAUGACUGUCAGCCUCAUAUCAUUGGUUAACGCUGAAACGACAGUGUUCCUCGACUCGAUAGAUGACUGCAACAAAAGGCACACCAUUUAUAAUUCUAGUAUUGUGAUCAGAGCCCACAAAUCUAAAGUAUUGCCCAACCCUCUGAUAACCUGUAACGUGAUCAUAGAUGGUACGGAUAACACGGACAGCAAUGUCGUACUCGAGAUUACACAGACGUCCGUCUCUAUAACUGACUGUGGCUUUGUACUCGAUAUCUAUGAUGGGGAGGACACCAGCAGUUCGCCACUGAAAAGUGUGUCUUGUUGGUCAAGGAGUACCGGUGUGCUUUACACAAGGGGAAAGAUUGUCAUGUUUUAUCUUCAUCGACCAAUGGACUUAUUCCAGCCAACCAACGACUUCAGCAUGAAAGUGAAUGUAGGACGUAUUGAGGAGCCUGACGAUGAUAUGUUCUAAUAUUCUGAUGUAUACUUAUCGACUACGAUUGUAAUACAAAUGGGUGUUGAUGUUGUCGUACUUGAUAAAGUUUAAAAAAAAUAUUAUCAUUUUUAUGAAACGGCUAUUUUCUCGUGUUAAACAAUAAAACAAAAGUCAUUAACUCUUUGCUAACCAUCAGCGCGUAUAUUCUACUUGUUUUGCUUCUCUUUAUUAUCAUUUUGGGGGUUAUAAUGCUCCACAUGUUACCGACGAACCAUUGCCUCUGCCAGCAGGGGCCACCAUAGGCAUUGUCAUAGCUUUGGUUAUACUGAUUAGGGUUCUCAUUAGCCUUGGUUUGUAUGUCAGGAAGAGGCGUAAUCUGUCGACUAUCAAUGGAACGUUGUAUGAAUGAGCAGUCAGUCGAAUCGGCGGUCAUCUAGGAAAUGUAGAGAUUCAAACUAUGAUUAUUAAUCAUUAAAUUAAAUUGUUCCCAAUCUGA